GGUCCUAAUGCUACUCUUCGCCAUCACUGCUACGAUCCUGGUUGGUAAAGUAUUGGGACAUUAUUGCGAUUCUCGGGAAUGUCCAGGAUUUUCAUUAAUUAAGGCAGUAAACAUAGAAAGUGUUUCGGCAGAAUCCUUAGAGAUUACUUGGAUACCUAAAGAAAAUUAUACUAUAGAAAAAUAUGAAGUUCAUUGGUAUUCUACAUACAACUGUGAUAAGUGUACCGGACAAAUAUCCUUAGUAAAUAUUACUUCACUGAAACUGAAUGUGCAAGCAUGUAAAACAUAUUUUUUUGAAGUCUAUGCAUUUGAGGAAAAUUCAACUGUUACUGCGCCUGGCUUAAUUUCGCAAAUUACUGUUGCAGAUCCAUUGCAACAAGGAACAGCUGUGCGUGUUAGUGGUAAAUGGGCUAUUCUAAGAUGGGUUCUGGUUUGCGACUGUCCAAACAGUAUAUUUUUAGCGGUUUGUUUUGGACCUAACAUCAUUACGCAGACAAAAACGUACCAUCCGGACAGAGUCGUUAUAUUUAAUGUAUCAGUUCUGCAAGAGAACUCAACUUACGUAUGUGUGAGUUAUACAGUUAACGCAGCAGGAUCUUCUUUACCUUCUUGGCCAAUAAUUUUUACAACAGUUCAAGAAUCCUUAGAAGAGAAUAUUGGAAAUGGAGGCAUUGAAUGCAGAUUUUCUAUUAUUUUAUUAAUCAUAGGUUUACUUGUAUUACUUAUUGGAUUUUUCAUUUACUUCACAAAAAGACAAGUUUUGAAACUACCAUGGAGAAGAAGUUAUGAUGUAACACAGACAAGAAUUUGAAUGGCGGCUGCCAGGAAGUUUUUGUUUCAAAAUAUUUAUUCGAUGUCAUCCGGCUUCUGCGUUGUAAUAUCA